UUUUCGCCGCCUUACGAAGAGCUUUUAUAACAUAAGACUCAGCUCUCUCUCUAUCUCUCUAUACUCUGCCGGAGACCUAGGGCUCGUUCAUUCAUAAGUGGCACCACCAGAUAUGGCGAUGCAAAUGGGAAUCUCCAAGAUCCUCAUCUUGGCUGGCACAGGUUAUACUGGCGCGAUUCUUCUGAAGAACGGGAAAUUAUCAGAUGUAAUUGGUGACAUUCAGGCCCUGUUGAAAGAUGGGUUGGGGAAGAAUGGGGAGGGAUCUGACUCUGAUUCUUCUGAUGCCCAAGCUUUGCUGCGGCGGCUGGAAAUGGAGGUCAGGCGGUUGACCUCAACAAGUCAUAUAACUGUUCUGAAUGGAAGUUCUAGCCAAAUAGGUAACUUGACAAAUCUUAUAGUGCCAGCUACUGCUGUGGGAGCAUUGGGCUAUGGAUACAUGUGGUGGAAGGGUAUGUCAUUCAAAGACCUUAUGUAUGUUACAAAGCGUAACAUGGAAGCUGCUGUAACAAAUUUGACAAAACAUCUGGAGCAUGUAUCUGACGCUCUUGCUGCAACCAAGAGGCAUUUGACACAACGAAUAGAGAAUGUGGAUGGGAAGCUUGAUGAGCAAAUUGAGAUAUCGAAGUUGAUUAAGAAUGAGGUUACUGAUGUUCGUCUUGAUCUAUCUCAAAUUGGUGUUGAUUUGGAUGAAUUGCAUAGAAUGGUCUCCGGACUGGAUGGAAAGAUAGGUACAUUGGAGUACAAGCAGGAUAUUGCAAAUCUUGGUGUCCUGUACUUGUGCAACGUUGUUGAUGGGAAAAAAGGUGUUGUCCCACAAGCUUUACAGGAACAACUCAAGCUUUCUGGGAAAACUCGUGGUUACCUCACAUCAUCUGAGACACUAAACCCCAAGGGACUCAAGGAAAUAGACUCGUUAGCAUCUGGAGGUGGAAAUAGGUUAAUAACAGAUGGAAAUGGGCAAGAAAGUCCUGAAAAAAUUGAGGAACUACCCUAUAACAGGCCUUUACUGAGGGCUUCAUCGUUGAAAUGUUGAGUUGAAAGAGGAAGAAGAAUUGAGAGGAUUCGGAAAACAUAUAAAUAUGGCAAGGCUGAAUGAAUGAACAUGAUGAUGUUUGAAGGAUUCCAUGUUUCAUUAUUUUUAUUUUUGUAUUCUAUGGAAAUCAUAUAUUGGUCGGAAAAAGGCCACAAAUAAAGACUGAAAUCUCACACUUUGUGACAUGUGUUUUACCUUUAAAUUUGUAUGUUCAUAUAAUUGGUUCCAUUUUAUUAUUAAUAA